GUAAGAUUCAACAAAGCUACGUCCACGCAGCGUGAACACCAAAGCACCUGCUUGUACGUACGUUAUCUCAAACGUUCUGCAGACCACGGACAGAUCUCUAAAAGAUGUCCAAGUUAACUCUUGCAGUUUUGGCAAUCGUGGCUAUUGGGUCAGCUGCGGCGAUCCGGCGGGUAUGUUACCAUACGAACUGGUCACAGUACCGGAACGGGCCGGGCAAGUUCUACCCAGAGAACAUUGAUGCCAGCCUCUGUACGCACAUUAUCUACUCGUUUGCUAAGAUGACCGGUAACCACUUGGCCGCCUUUGAGUGGAACGACGAAUCAACGCCCUGGAUGAAGGGAAUGUACGAUCGAUUCGCCGCUAUCAAGCAACAGAACCCCAGCGUGAAGCUGCUGCUGGCAGUUGGAGGCUGGAACAUGGGCUCGGCGCCGUUCACCGCCAUGGUGGCCUCGGAUGCCAACCGCCGCGACUUCGCCACCACGAGCAUUGAUUUCCUCCGGAAGAACGGCUUCGACGGCCUCGAUCUCGACUGGGAGUACCCGGCGAAUCGCGGAAGUCCGCCCGAAGACCGACAAAGAUUUGUUGACCUAAUCAUGACCCUAAGACAGACGUUCGACCAGGAAUCCGUACCUGCCGGCAAGGAGAGACUGCUGCUGACGGCGGCCGUCGGUGCCGGCAAAGACAAAAUCGACACCGCGUAUGACGUCCCGAAGUUGGCACAGUACCUGGACAUGAUUAACUUGAUGUCCUAUGACCUGCAUGGUUCCUGGGAAACAUUUACCGGGCACAACUCGCCUCUCUUCGCCAGAAGCAACGAGCAAGGGAACCAGACCUACCUCAACGUGGACUGGGCCGCCAAAUAUUGGGUGUCACAGGGAGCACCCAAAGAAAAGAUGAACAUCGGUGUGCCACUGUACGGACGGACUUUUAAAUUGCCCUGGGGGCAAACCAGCAAUCAGAUCGGGUGCACCGCUAACGGCGCUGGACAGGCCGGACAGUACACGGGAGAAGCUGGCUUUAUGGCUUAUUACGAGGUUUGUGAGAAGCUACGAGGCGGCGCCACAAAGUACUACGACCAGGAAGGGAAGGUGCCAUACUUCGUGCUAAGUGACCUUUGGUGUGGAUACGAUGACCCCGACAGCCUGAAAAUUAAGGUAGACUAUAUAAAGAGUGAAGGAUUCGGCGGUGUCAUGGUUUGGGCCCUGGACCUGGACGACUUUUCCGGCAUGUGCGGUCAGGGCAAGUACCCUCUGCUGAGGGCAAUCAACGAUGAACUCAACGCAGGAGCACCCGCCUCUACCCCUCCCGCAGGCAACACCUACCCACCUACCAACCCACCAACAACACCGACUACCACGGCCUCAACUGCCCACGUCUGGUGGACAAAUCCUCCGAGCACAACCCCAAUUGUCUGGUGGACACCACCGGUCACAACCUCAACAGUCUGGUGGCAACCACCAACCACAACCCCAGUACCUGCCCCUACAACCACCCAUCACAGCAAUGGCAAUCACCAACAUCACUUGACCAUGGUCUCGUUCACGGAGUUCGACUGCAGAAUUAAGGCGGACGGUUACUACGCGCACCCCACUGACUGUACCCAGUACUAUAUCUGCGCGGCACAAAUGGCCUUCCUCACCGACUGCCAUCCCGGCCUCAUGUUCAACGAAGCCACCAUGUACUGCGACUUCGCCGACCACGUGAACUGCAAUUCCCAGCAGGGAAACCAACCACCCCAAACGCAGCCACCACAAACGCAGCCACCCCAAACGCAGCCGCCACAAACACAGCCACCCCAAACGCAGCCACCCCAAACGCAGCCACCAUGGACACAGCCACCCCAAACGCAGCCACCCCAAACGCAGCCAAUACAAACGCAGCCACCAAUAACACAGCCACCGCAAACGCAGCCACCGCAAGCCAAUACCAAACCUCAAUCGGUUAACCCGACGGAUUUCUGCAAGGGCAAGCAGGACGGCUUCUACAAGGAUCCCGUAGACUGCUCAAAGUUCUACCAGUGCUCCUUCGAGAUCUCCUACCACGAGCCUUGUCCGUCCGGAACCUAUUUCAGCACAGUGCUGCAAGGCUGCGACUGGAUCGCCAACGUGCACAACUGCCCAUAAAGCAUUCGGCAAUAUGAUGUGAACGCAAUAAGUCAUGGCUUCACAACAAUCAAUGAGUUGAAUUGGCUGUUUUGAUGUUGAUUUGAAAUGAUUUGUGUAACAUUUAUACGAAAAUUAGUCGAUUAAUUGUACUGAAAAAUAUAAAGUUAUCAAAUAAAACAUUUAUAAAUAAGAGUC